GUCUGCUUGGCUUGUUUGUUUCCGGGUCACAAACAUGGCACGCUGUUGAGAAGAACGUGUGAGUUUUUGUAGGUGGGAAAUGCGGUAGAAGAUAAAGGAGAUAUUAAAAGCGAUCGGGUUUGGAGAAUAUAUUUGUGUUGAAGCACCAUGGCGUCAGUGGAGGAGGAUUUCCCUCGUGGUGGCCCAGUCAAGAAACCAUCCGAGCAGAAAACAUCUAAAACUCCCAAGUUUCGUGUGGAAGUGGACAAUCUGUUUGAGACUCGGCAGCCAGAAGUCAAGAAGAAGAAGAAGAAAGCUGCGAGCAAGCAUGAAGAUGAAAAGCCGACCAAAAGGCAGAAAACUGAAGGCGGACUGAAGCUGAACACAACAUCCAGCGUGGAGAUUCUGCAUAUGAAGAAUCUGAAGCUGGGCACGGUGAUGCUCGGCUGUGUGAGGGAGCUCUUAAACUUUGAGGUUGUACUUGGUCUCCCAAGUGGGCUGAAAGGUUACAUGCCCAUCUCUAGCAUUUGCGAUGCCUACACGAAGAUCCUGAGCAGCGCACUGGACUCUGGGACAGACCUCGAGGAUCUUGUCUCUCCUUCCCACCUCCUCACCCCGGGGCAGCUGGUCAGGUGCGUGGUGACGACGCUGGAUCUGUCCAAAGAGGGCUUUGUCUGUCUCAAACUGUCCAUCAACCCGAAAGACGUCAACAAGGAGCUGAACUCCAGCUCUCUGAAAGCAGGCAUGACUCUCAGUGGCUGUGUGGAGAGCAUUGAGGAUCACGGUUACCUGAUAGACAUCGGAGUGAGCGGAACAAAAGCUUUUCUGCCCAAAGCGAAGGAUGAAAGUGAGACAACUAAAAAAGAUCUGAAGGUGGGUCAGUACGUGAUGGCCAAGCUGGAGGAGGUGAAGAACGAGGGACGGGUGGUUCGGCUUUCUGUCAAUCCUAUGGUUGUUAAUCACACUUGUGCAGAGACGCAGCAUGGAUGGACAUUGAGUAACCUCUUACCUGGGCUGCUGGUCCAAGCCUGCAUCAAGAAGGUGACGACUCACGGCCUGUUAGUAACGUUCCUCUCAAAUUAUACCGGCCUGGUGGAUUUCAUGCACAUCGACCCAGAUAAACUGUCCACUUACAAUGUCGGGGACGAGGUGAAAGCUCGUGUCCUGUAUGUGGACCCGGCGUCUCGGCUGGUGGGUCUUUCUCUGCGCAGCCACCUCCUAUCACCAGGGGGCGGCAUGUUGGACACCGUAACGAGUGAGCGAAUAGGGGAGGUGCUGAAGGGAUGUAAGAUGGCCGCUGUACACCACCACUCCGGAGCCGUGAUGGAGCUGCCAGACGGGACCACGGCCUUCGUGCACAAAAGCCAUCUAAAAGACUCCAAGGAGGAAUUUAACCCGAACCGUCUCCUCGCUCAGCCGGAACACACGCUGAGAGUAAUAGACUACAGCCCACUGGAGCAGAUCCACAUAGCCACACUGCGCAAAGCCGUCAUCGAAAUGCCCUUCUUCAACUAUCAAGAUAUUAAACCAGGGCAGACGGUAGAGGGCACGGUGCAGAGCUUGGAAAAGUACGGCAUGCACGUCAAAAUCUCAGAACACAUUAAAGGCCUCGUUCCCAGAAUUCACCUGGCGGACAUCAUCCUCACCAACCCUGAAAAAAAGUACAAGGAAGGCAUGAGGAUCAAAUGUAAAGUUUUAUCAGUGGACUACCAAAAUAAAAAGCUCACCCUGAGCAGGAAAAAAGCUCUGAUGGAGACUCCACUUCCUCUUUUCCUGACAUACAAGGACGCUCGUGUGGGUCUGGUCUCCCACGGCUUCAUCGUCUGCAUCAAGGAUUUCGGCUGCAUCGUAAGGUUCUUCGGUGAGGUUAAGGGCCUGGUGCCAACGUCUGAGCUGACCUCGGAGACCACUGACCACCCGCAGAGUCUUUUUUACAUAGGACAGGUGGUGAAAGCCAAAGUGCUUAAAUGUAACCCUGAGAAGGAGAAACUUCUCCUGUCCUUUAAAGCAGUGACUCAGAGCGACAUCGAGAAGGUCCGAAGUCUCAAGUUCGACUUUGAAUUCGGAAAGAAAGUGGAAGUGAUUGUACAGAAGAAAUCCCAGACCGGUCUUGAAGUGUCUAUUCUCCCAGAAGAAACGCCGGCUCUGCUUCCCAAGGGGCACCUCUCUGACCAUGUGACCAACUGCUCUCUGCUGUGGGCGGGGCUCCGGGAGGGAGACACCAUUUCCAAUGUUGUGUGCCUGCGCAGAAACAAGGAAAGCAUCAUUCUCAGUAAAAAGCCCUCGCUGGUUGCGGCUCUAGAGGUAGAAAACUUGGUUUCAUCUUUCUCAGAGCUGCAGGUGGGGAUGGUGAUGAUGGGCUGGGUGAAGAACAUCAUGUCCUACGGCGUCUUUGUCGACUUCCCUCACGGCCUGUUUGGCCUCGCACCCAAAUCUGCCAUGAGUGAUAAGUUCAUCACAGACACUGCAGGAGUGUUUGCGAUAGGUCAGACGGUUCUGGCCAAGGUGACCAACUUGGAUGAGGAGAAGCAGCGGUUUUUGAUCAGCCUGAAAGUGUCGGAGUUGGUUAACUGGUCAGAGAGCGACGCUCAGGCCAGACUGAUCCAGGGUCAGCACGAAAGGAUGUCCGUGUACGACUCAAUGACCACGAGAGGUGACUCGGACAUACUGCAGCAGCUCUCCUCUGUGUCUCUUGGGGACAAACUGAAAAUGACCGUCGACAUGACUAAAGAGGACGACUCGGUUAUCCUGACCUCAGAUCAGCUCAGCUGCGUCACAGUGCUGGCCUCCAAAUACCAUGUAACGGAUGUCAACACCACUCCAGGCAAUCAGGUGACUGCUGUAGUGCUUCAUGUUGACUUUUUGACCUCUGAAGUACACGUGUCUCUCCUGCCCAGUCUGACGGUGAAGAAGAAAAUGUUGAACACUGACUCCCAGCACACCGCUACAGUCCAGUACAUGGACAAAGACUUUGCCAUAAUCUCAUUGGGCGACACCGGUCACCUGACUGUGAUUUCCGCAACCGCCCACCUAAACGAAACAUUCCCCCCUGAAUCGGAAAAGCUGACCGUGGGUCGUAAAAUAACCGUGAGCGUAACCGACCCGUGUUGUGAACAUCUGGGCGGACGAGCCCUCGUAGUUAAACAAGUGAAAAGCAGCAUGCCUCGGAUCAGAGGCGAAGAACACAAAUACAAGAUCGGGGACGUUGUGACGGCGAAGAUUAAAACCAUCAAACCUUUGUGUGUACUCGUGACGAUGCCGGAUGGAGUCACGGGAAACGUGCACGUUUCUGAGAUCAGUGAAUCACCCAAAGUUGGAGGAUUCCCCACGUCGGCCCUGAAGGUCGGGACUGAAGUUGAGGGCAGGAUCAUCGGUGCUCGUGAGAGCCACAGCCACAGGUUUCUCCCCAUCAGCCACCCCAACUUUGUCUACUCUCAGCCUGAGCUCACGCUUCUCCCCAGUAAACUGAACGACAGCGCGACACUCGCCUCGCUGGAGAACAAGCCUGACCCACAGAGCUAUAAACCUGGACAGGAGAUCAUGUGCUAUGUAUCUAAAUACCUUUCCGAGUCCAAGUGCCUUCAGACUGUUGUGGCUCCGAACCUUUUUGGAUCUGUGGACCUGCUGGCUAUGAUCACUAAACCUAAAGAGGCAAAACACCCACAAAAGCUCUUCAAACAUGGCCAGUGUGUCUCCGCAAAGGUCGUCAAGAUCAACCCUAAAAGGCCAAACCAGCUCAAACUUUCCUUUAUAGGGACACACACUCUCGAGAAGGGGGUCGUUACCAUGGGCAUGGUGUGGAAAAUUAUCCCCCACAUGGGCCUGAUUCUGAAUCUGCCAUUCGGGAAUUCCGGCUUGGCACGGAUAACCGAUUUAUCAGACGAAUACGUGGACGCUCCGUUUGAGCAGUACAAAGAAGGCCAGGUGGUCAGAUGCUGUGUUGUUGGUGAAAAAGACGGAAAGUUCCACGUGUCUCUACGUACAUCCAGGAUCCGCUCUGGUAAAGCUUUGCCAGACGUGAAAGACGUGGACAUCAGCUCCGUCUCAGAUCUCCAGGAGGGACAGAUCAUCCGAGGUUACGUAAAGAACGUUGGAGAAAAGGGCAUCUUCGUGAGUUUAUCCAGGUCAGUCACGGGAAGAGUCCUGUUCCAACACGCCACAAACUACUUUGCAGUCGACCCCGACCUGUUCCCCGAACACGUCUCCCAGAAUGCACUGCUGACCACCAAAGUUCUCCAGGUUGAUGCAGAGACCGGCCACGUGGAUCUCUCCUUGCUCCCAGAGGACACCGGGAAACCAGACAUUCUCCCAGAAUCCCUUGGGCUCCCGCUGCGCCUGAGGGGAAAGGACAAGGAGGAGCACGACAAGAAGAAUGCUGCAAAGAAGCGCAAGAUGUCUGAGAGCAAGCAGUUAUCGCUACAGAACGAAGCCGGGCCACAGAAGAAACUAAAGAAAGGAGAAAAUGAUGCAGACAUCAAGAAAAACAAGAAAUUAACGAAGGAGCAAGAGACCAUGAACUCGCAAGCUGAAGAUCAGGAUAGUGGAGUUGAGGUGUAUUUUAGAGAAAAGAGCACAGAGAAAAAGGACAAAGCAAAGAAAAAGGCUAAAACUGCAGCUUCAGCUCCAGAAGAGUCGAACCGUCUACAAGUAGCAUCUGAUUUCUCCUGGGAUGUAGCGCUGAGCUCUCUCAAACCUGCAUCUUCGGCCCUAAACGAGUACGAGUCCAGCGAUGAUGAGCAGGAUGACAGCAAGACAGCCAAGAAGUCUCGUCGGGAGGCGGAGCUAGAACGUAAGGAAGCGGAGCUGAAGCUCAGCAAACUGGAGGCGGAGCUCAUGGAGCCCUCGGCGCGACCGGAGAGCGCGGAGGGGUUUGAGCGGCUGCUGCUCUCGUCACCAGACUCGUCUCUGCUCUGGCUGCAGUACAUGGCCUUCCAGCUGCAGGCCACUCAGAUCGAGCAGGCUCGCGCUGUAGCUGAGAGAGCCCUCAAAACCAUCUCCUUCAGGGAGGAGCAGGAGAAGCUGAAUGUCUGGGUGGCUCUGCUCAACCUGGAGAACAUGUACGGUACUGAAGAGAGCCUUCAGAAAGUGUUUGAGCGAGCCAUUCAGUACUGCGAGCCCAUGCCUGUCUACCAGCAGCUGGCAGAUAUUUACACCAAAUCCGACAAGAUCAAGGAAGCGGAGAACCUUUAUAAGAACAUGGUGAAGCGCUUCAGGCAGGAGAAAGCCGUGUGGCAAAGUUACGGCUCUUUCUUGCUGCGUCAGGGACACAGCGACGCCGCCAAUGCUCUCCUCCAGAGGGCGCUGCAGAGUCUGUCCAAUAAAGAGCAUGUGGACUUGAUCGUCAGAUUCGCCCGGUUGGAGUUCCAGUACGGGAAUGAAGAGCGAGCUAAGGCCAUGUUUGAAAAAGUCCUGAGCAGCUACCCCAAACGCACAGACCUGUGGUCUGUCUUCAUAGACCUGAUGAUGAAGCAUGGCUCGCAGAAAGAUGUCAGGGCGCUCUUCGAUCGCGUGGUCCAUCUUAGUGUAUCGGUGAAAAAGGUCAAGUUCUUCUUCAAGCGCUACCUGGACUACGAGAAGAAGCACGGCACACCAGAGAGCAUCCAAGCAGUCAAGCAAAAAGCCAUGGAGUACGUGGAGUCCAAAGGGAGCGACGCCGCUAACUAGAACUAGCCGUCGAUGUGGAACCAUUAAUCACAGGAACCAGUAAACAUGAGGAUCUUAAUCUUGUGGCUUUGGGAGGAUAGAAAUGUAUCUUCUUUAUGCCAUUAUCUCUGAUUUGUGGUAUAAAAUUGCAUCAGUUUCGCUUGUCUGGAUUCUUUUAUGGAAUCUAAUCGACGAACUUAAUAGGAUUGAUGAAAGACUUCAGCCGAAGAAAACCGAAACAGAUGAUUUAGAGGCUGGCCAUUUUUUUAUAUAUAUAUAUAUAAUAAAUUUGAGGUUGGAAAAAAAAUACCCAAGUUCUGUCAUGAUUUUGUAAGUGGAUGAAUUAAAAUGUCAGGAAAUCAGUCACUCUUUAUAAAGAGCUUUAUCCACAAAACAUUUUAUUCAAAAAAAAGAAAGAAACUAUACAAAUUAAAAAGUGGCAAUGGGUUUGGCCCUGAUACAUAUUCAGUAAUGGGGAAGUACAGUUUAACUGCUGAUUAUUAGCUCAUAUCUUCUUUUAAUCACUAUACAAGGCCCAACAAAGACUCACAGUACCUUUCGAACAGAACAACACAUUUUAUCUACACACUAUAGCCUUUUAGACAUCAGGCCAAAAACAGACUGAUUAUCAUGCAUUUCUAUCGCGUCUGUUUAGUUACACACUGUUUGUGAACAGUGCUCGUCAUACGCUUGCUGCAGUUCAGUGUUGUUUCUCAUCAGUUGCUUAGAGGCAUCUCGAGAGACUGAACCGCUGAGCUGUUUACCUGCCUCUUAACCCCCCCACCCCUCCCCGUCCUCGCCCGGCGGUACACUUCUCGCACCUUGCGAAGGAACACUGGUCUUAAUCGCAAAGUCAAAUCAAUGGCAUAUACUUUUGUUUCUCGCCAAUUAGGUGCUACUUCUCAAGUCCACUAGGCCUCCAAAGGGGUUUGGUGCAUAUGGAGGUCGUGUUUCGUCUCUUCACAUCUCGUGUGCUCCAAAUAUGGCAGUUGUGGAGACGAUAAACACGGGUGUGGCCCAACGGUUUUUUGGGGGUUGUGCCAUUUUUUUUUUCUCUUAUAGAUACACAUAUAUAUUUUUUUUUUCUGGAAAU